AUGACGGAAGCCAGGACAGCAGGGAACCACAGUCUGCGGCCAGAUCUUGUGCUUGUUGGCCUCUUCCAGUACGGCAGAAGGAACGCUGUCCUCUUUGCUGCCAUCGUCGUGCUCUUCUCGGUGGCCGUGCUGGGGAACGCCACCCUGGUCCACCUCAUCCGCGUGGACAGCAGGCUGCACACGCCCAUGUACUCCCUGCUCAGCCAGCUCUCCCUCAUCGACAUGAUGUACAUCUCCACCACCAUGCCCAAGAUGGCAACGAACUACCUGACGGACACCAGGACCAUCACAUUUCUGGGCUGUGAGGUUCAGGCCUUCCCGUUCCUGAGCCUUGGUGGCGCGGAAGCCGUUCUCCUGGGCUUCAUGUCCUACGAUCGUUACGUAGCCAUCUGCCAUCCUCUGCGCUAUCCCGUCCUCAUGAGCAAGAAGGUCUGCUGCAGCCUGGCCCUGUGCGCGUGGUGCGGUAGCGCUGCCAACGCCGUGAUCCACACGCUGUACGUCUUCCAGCUUCCCUUCUGCGGCUCUCGGCUCGUGAACCACUUUUUCUGUGAAGUUCCUUCUCUGCUGCCCCUGGUGUGUCAGGACCCCUCCCAGUACGAGCACACGAUCCUCCUGAGCGGACUUGUCAUCCUGCUGCUGCCGUUCCUGGCCAUCCUGGCUUCCUACGGCCAAGUGCUCGCUGUCGUGUUCCGGAUGCGCUCAGGCGCAGGACAGACCAAAGCUCUCUGCACGUGCUCCUCGCACCUGGCUGUGGCCAGCCUCUUCUAUGUGACGACUCUGUCCAUCUACACGCGGCCGCACUCCUUGCAUGACCCUGCCCAGGAUAAGGUGGUGGCCGUUGUUUACACUGUUGUUACCCCCCUGCUGAACCCAUUCAUCUACAGCCUGAAAAAGGAGGUCCUGGGGGCCCUGAGAAGAGUGCUGGGAUGA